AUGGAGAUGUCAUCUUUCACAUGGGUAUCUGAGCUGGGAAUGGAUGAUCCAGCCUUCAUUUAUCAAUGCCAAAUGAACUCCUUUGAUGAAUUCACCUCUCAAAACCCACCAACCUUGAACCAAACAAGUAGCACAACUACCUUCAGUGGAUCAUCCAUGGAGGCGGCUCGGACCAGCGGCAUAGGGAGAUCAGUAGAUAGACCCACGAAGUUGCUCAAGACCAACAGCUGGAACUCUUGCACCACAACCUCCAACCCGGAACCCUCUUCUUCUCCUCCUAAUAAAAUUCUCUCUUUUGGUGGUUCGACUUCACUAAUGGAUCAAUCUCAGCAGUUGUACUCUUCUCCUGAUGUCUUGAUUUCUCAAGGUUCUUAUUAUAUGAACCAAAAUCAUGGAUCCAAAGCUUGCCAAGGGAUUAAGAGGUCACUCCCUACGAGCAGACCAACUUCUCAUACACAUGAACAUGUUAUCGCUGAAAGGAAGCGAAGAGAGAAGCUCAGCCAGCGUUUCAUAGCCCUCUCAGCCAUUGUUCCAGGUCUCAAGAAGAUGGACAAGGUUUCUGUUUUAGGAGAUUCUGUCAGAUACUUGAAACAUAUGCAAGAGCGAGUAAAGGUAUUGGAGGAACAGGCCAAGAAGAAAACUAUGGAAUCAGUGGUGGUAGUCAAGAGAACUCAGAUUUCAGCAGACUACGAUAGCUCUUCUUCCUCCGGAGAGAACUUCAGCUCCGACGAACCUCUCCCCGAAAUCGAGGCAAGGGUUUCGGACAAGAAUGUCUUGAUAAGAAUCCACUGUGAGAAAAGGAAAGGAGUGUUAAUGAAAACCCUAGCGGAGAUAGAGAAGCUCCACCUCUGUGUUGUCAAUAGUAGCACUAUUCCUUUUGGAGAAACAGCACUCGAUAUCACCAUAGUGGCUCAGAUGGAAGAGGAUUUCUCCAUGAAAGUGAAGGAUCUAGUGAGGCAUUUAAGCUCAGCAUUUCGACAGUUCAUGUUACAAUAAUAAUAAUAAGAAGAAAGAGAGAAUUCAGUUCCUUUAGUUGUUUGUGCAUAGAAGAUG